CUUGCUAAUAGCGCACACAUUAACUGCAGCACAGAUCAGAGGAGGAGUGCAGUUAUGAGAGGGGAAGGGAGAGGGAGAGAGGAAGAGGGAGAACGUCUAUGUUGAGCAAAUGUGUGCAUGGUGCGUCUGGGGUGUGCGUGCGCGUGUGUGCGUGUGUUUGUGAGUGGAAGAAGAGCAAGAGAGUGUGUGAGCCAGAGGGAGAGAGCAGCGGUGGACGUGUGUUGGUGGGAGCUGAGAGGAAGGAUGGCUGCUCAUGUUUGAACUGCUUCAGAAGCUCUAAAAAAAAAAAGAGAAAAGAAAAGAAAAACACAAUCAGCAGAGCCAUAGAAACUCACUGAGGGACGCAUCUUGUUCAUCAUUCGUGGGGAGGCAGGGAAGACGUGGCAAUGCCUGCUGAAGUGAAAGAGGAGCAGAGUUUGGAGGGUCCAACUCCCUUGUCUUUGCCCCAGGAGGCUAAAGAGGCAACCAAUGAAAACCCGACAACCGCUGAUGAACUGGACACGCCCACUUCCAUCGCCUCGGUGAUGACCUCAACCAAUGAAAGCUCCACAGAAACUGACACCCCACAGCAGACUGACUCUGAGGAGUCCAAAGCGGUGGAACAAGAGGGUGAAAAGCCUCCGAGUGAGACGCAAGAAGAGAUUAAAGAGGAGAACGUCCUCCCAUCAGAUACUCCUGAUGUCACGUUGGCUCAGGAGUGUAAAGACAGCGUAUCUGCUGAGAAAGCCUCUCCCGAAGUGAAAGUUGAGCCCUCUGAAUCUGCUCCAAACACAACAACCAGCAGCACUACCAUUGCAACAGCUCAACCCCAGCCAGUGCUGCAGCCUGGUGAGCCUCAUCCUGUAAACCCAGACAGCCAGAACAGAGUCUACACCCUCCCUGAUGCCUUCAGGGGCAUGGGAGGCGACGCUUGCCCGGGAUAUGGAAGCCUCUCUCGUUUCAGCCUCCACGGCUACUUGCCCACCAAAAACUUCCAGCCCGGCACUCACUACACUUUGCCGUUCCUGAGAGAUAGCUACGCCUCCGCAGGACUCAGCAACCAGACGGAGGAGAACAGAGAAAAUCCACUGGAUGUGAAGGCCGACCUCCCAGCUGCCGGUUACCACACACUGGGAAUCCACCAGUUUAGGCCAAUUACAACCAUGGAGCUCCUCCGGGAGCCCUCCAGAACCAGAAGUGGCUAUGAUGACGCGUUUAUGGCGCAGUUGGAGGGGAACCUGAAUCCUUUCUUCCAGGCCAUGUGCCGAGCGCAGACUCUGCAGCUACCCCACAAACGCAGCAGCAUGGUAAGCCUGGACAGCAUCCGAAGAGACCCACGCUGGAGAGACCCCAACUUGCAUGAGGUGAUCUCGAUGCUCAGGCACCCAAUGGACCCUGUCAAGUCCAACGCAGCUGCCUACUUGCAGCACCUCUGUUAUGAAAACGACCUGAUCAAACAGGAGGUUCGGCAGCUGAACGGGGUGCCGAUCCUGGUGGAGCUGUUGGACCAUCCCAAAGCUGAAGUCCAUCGCAAGGCCUGCGGUGCUUUGCGUAACAUAUCCUAUGGGAAAGACCACAACAACAAAAUGGCCAUCAAGAGCUGUGAUGGCAUUCAAGCUUUAGUUAGACUGCUGAGGAAGUCCAGCAGCAUGGAAGUCAAAGAGUUAGCCACAGGAACUCUGUGGAACCUCUCAUCACACGAACCACUCAAGAUGACAAUAAUUAACCAGGGACUUCAAACCCUGACUGACGAAAUCAUCAUCCCACACUCAGGCUGGAGGAGAAGAGACUCUGUGGAUGCAUCUAAACCGCUGAGCGCCGAGUGGACCACCGUCUUCAAGAACACCACCGGAUGCCUGAGGAACGUCAGCUCUGAUGGGGCCGAGGCUCGACAGAGGCUAAGGGAGUGUGAGGGGCUGGUGGCAGCUCUCCUUCACGCCCUGCAGUCAGCCGUCGUCAACAAGGAUGCCGACAAUAAGUCAGUGGAAAACUGCGUCUGCAUCCUUCGAAACCUGUCCUAUCACGUUCAUAAAGAAAUACCAGGAGCGGAGCGAUUUCAGGAGCCCCAUGCUGGUCAUCUGAUGAGAACAGUGGGGCAUCAGAAGAAGAAGAACGAGCCAGAAUGCUGUUCAGGAAAAAGACCCAAAGAAGAGUGGUUCAGUCAAGGUUGGAAAAAUGGAUUUGUGGAGAGGAAAUACAAUACUUUGGACUUACCAAAAUGUGCAGAACUGAUUAAAGGCCUAGAUCUGCUGUACCAGCCAGAGGUGGUGAGGCUGUACCUCUCUCUUCUUACCUGCAGUCACAACCACAACACCCUAGAGGCAGCUGCAGGAGCUCUGCAGAACCUCGCUGCGGGACACUGGGCUUGGUCGAGCUACAUUCGAGCCACGGUGAGGAAAGAGAAAGGACUGCCAGUUUUAGUGGAGCUGCUGCGCUCAGACGUGGACAAAGUCGUGCGAGCCGUGGCCAUCGCUCUUCGCAACCUCGCCAUUGACAGAAGGAAUAAGGACUUGAUCGGGAACUACGCUUUGAGGGACCUUGUUGCUAACUUGCCUUACGGGCAGCAGCACCCCGUGAAAAAUCUCGAGGGAGAUACGGUGGUUUCCAUUCUGAACACAAUUUACGAGAUCAUCACAGACAACCCUGAGAAUGCUCGAGUGCUCAUACAGGGUCAUGCUGUGCAGAAACUGGUGGCCAUAAAUAAGUCAAGCCAAUCAACACGAGAGACCAAAGCUGCUUCGCAUGUACUUCAGACAAUAUGGGCCUACAAAGAGCUGAGACACACUCUGACCAAGGCCGGAUGGAACAAGAGCAACUUUAAGCCAACAGGAUCAGGUGUUACUAAAAAACCCAAGAAUGGGAAACAAAACAGCGAUGACAUCACAUUGCCUCUCAUGGAGAAAAACCAAGAUGUGUAUUCCACCUUGGAGUCAAAUGACAGAGUUGGAGACGGAAAGGGACCUGUUGUAGAAAGAGAUGCUCUACAGGCGAUAAGUGAAAGAAAACACUUCAUCAGAGCUGGUAGGCCUGCAGUAGGCCUCAUGGAUAACAAACCUCCACCGCUGGACUCUUGGGUGUGAACUUGACAAAAGAUCCAGUCCAGCUAGUUAAAAACUGUAGGGACACUUUCUGUUGGUGAAAUGCAAAUCUGUGUCAUUUGUUCAUUCUUGUAAAAAAAUACAUUUACAAAAAACUUAUUUGUUUACAGAACUUAAUGUGCCAAACACUUAUAUGUAUUUAAUCUGGAGAUUAGUCGACAAUAGACUUUAUUGUUUUGAUAUUUAGGAUGACUUCUGUAAGCCUGAAACAUACAACUGAUAACAUGUGAUGUAUGAAAUAGCCCAGAUAUCCAAACUGUGGGAAAUCAUGAUUCCAAAGAUUGUAUAACAUGUGCAAAGCGAGUUUGACAGUUUAUUAACAGCUUAAAUUGUCUAAGUUGUGUCAAAAUACAUACUUGGAUCUUUUUUUAUUGUCCACUUCUAUAAUUAUGGACCAUUUCCAAUCUGAAAAAGUCUCAAACAUUUUUUAGCCUCUGAUAAGUGUACAGGCUCUUAUCAGCCUAAUCACCCAAAUUAUUUGGAAAUUAGUGCAUUUGUUAAUACAGAAAGGUAAACAAGGACUGUACAUGUGUAACAAAGGACUGUUAAUAUUCAAAAUAAAGGCAUUUAUAUUGUAAUGUUUAUUGUAAUACCCAUGUUAUUAAUUAAGAGCUAUUUAUGUGUCUUAGCUAAUGCCUAUAAAUGAUACAGCUCUGCUUUGCAGUGGUCCUUUUUGCAUUGCAGUGUUAAAUGAAACUGACAAUAAAUGCUGUGCAUAGUUUCUCA